AUGUCGUCAAACGAUGUGCCAUUAAGUUUAUUGGCGAAGGCUAUUGAGGAAGCGGAAGGUGCUCAAUUUCGCUCCAUUUUGCACACUUUAAGAUCUCCUAACUAUGUUGAUCAGUCUUUGUUGAAAGGUGAUUUGAGCGUGUUUGUUGCAAAGUUGUUGAAGUUGUUGAGAUCUAGCGAACCAUAUCAAAUCUGGAAAGGUUGCCAUGCUGUCUCGGUCUUGUGCACUUAUAACCCAGUUGUUCUCUGCUCUCAAGCAAAUCAGCUGUUGACUGUCUUAUACACUAGGUUAGAAUCCUUUGUUGAAUACUAUAAAGAAACUUCGCAAUCAAAAGCUCGCUUGGCAACGUUGAAGACCUUAACUAAAACGGUUGAUAUAAUGAUGGAUUUGAUCAGAGGGAAACCAACAUUGACAAGAGAAGCGUUAACCCCAAAGCUCAACUCAAUUAUUCCAUUAUUAAUCACCCUAAGUCAAUACGAAACAGCAUUGUGUCUACCAAUUUUGAAAAAGCUAUUACUGCAAAACACCACCACGUUUAAACCAUUCGCUAAUAAAUACCGUGUGAUUUUGACCAACUUAAUCACCAAAGAGUUCCAACUACAUGAUGACGAAACCCAAAGAAUGAUAUGUGACAACUUUGCCUUAUUACACUUAAUAAAACAAACUGCCCAAAAAGUUGACGAAAAUCAAGAACAUCACAAAUCUUCUCCAGAUGAACACUGGAGAUCUGGGUUAUAUUCUAUCCUCUGCCAAUUUAAACCAUUAAUAUUGUUGUGUGGUGAGAUGCUAGACUUUUCUGUAGACAAGGAACUAUUGAGACUAGUCGAAUCAUUGCCAACUCAAAAAAAUGAAACUGAUAGCAAGAAUCAAUUAUUUGGACCGCUAGCUAUAGACAUGAACGAAUCCUUUACUCUAUGGGAAAUCCUUUACAGAGUUGAGGUUUUAUCGAAAUUACUAAUAUCUUUCAUAUCAUUACCAACUCCAUUCCCAUUAAGAAUUCCUUUGCAUGGUAUUAUCAGUGUCUGCGAGGCUCUAUUAAUGCUAACAACUAACUAUCUUCCACUAAAGCGUGGCUUACGUCGUGAAUCAGAACUCACUGCUGUCAUCGCUUCAGUUUUACGCAGUCUACAAUAUCAAGGUAUUUUAGUUUUACAAACUGUUGUUAAAUGUUACGGUACAGAUAUCUUAUAUUAUUACUCUUCCAUAUUAUCAUCAUUGGAACUUUUCAUUCCAAUUAAGUCCAAGGGCAAUACAAUUGAUUACGAUAAGGUUGAAUUGAUGAAGCACGAGUUUUUUGGUCUCUUGUCGCUAAUGAAUUUGCUUUCUAAACGACUAGGUCAUAAGGUGAGCGAGAUGGAUUUAUUCACCAAAUUAACAGAUAUCACUCUUCGUUUAACAGAAGAUAAGUCCACCCUUGGUAGAUUUUACGCAUCAGUUAAUGAUUCUAAGACUAUCAAACAGACCACAAAGCAAAAGAAAGAUUUUAAUAAGAUGGCCGGUGCUAUGUCGGAUGUGUAUUCGCACCCUAAACAAUUCAUCAAUAAGACUGAAUUGACAUGGUAUGACGAGGCAAAUAACUUUUUGUCAAUGGUCAUUAAAAACUGGAAACUUCCAUCUACCCAGCAAGUCAGUAUUAUCAAGUAUGCUGUGAUAACUUCAAUGACCUUGAAGGAGCACAUUGGCUAUAUACCACAAUCUUUCGAAGACCUAUUGACCACCUUAGUGUUACAACCAGGUAAUGAAAGAAUUUCUAUCCUACCAAUUGCAGUAGGUCUAUUGAAGGGUACUGACAACAAGGUUCUAGAUAUUUUGUGCAACCCGAGACUACCAUUUGUCUCUAUUUUGAACCUUAACGCUUCUGCUUUAAAUAAGGAUGCCAGAACACAACUCAAGAUGCCACAAGAGGAUGACUCAGAGGAUGUAUCAGAUAAUGAAUCAAACACAAAUGCAGAUCAGGAGGUUGUUGAAAACGCCGAGAUACCUGUUUCAAAUCCGAUUACAGCAGAAGAAACUGAAACAACUACUUCUUACAAGCCGCAAUCUAUUGUUUCUGACCCAUCGCAACUUCUCAAGAAGCGUAGCGUUGAGGAAACAGUUACUGAGAAUGAGGAUCAAGAAACCAAGCGUUCAAGAAUUGAACCUACUGUGCAGGUUGAACCAACCCCUGCUGUUGAACCUGUUCCUAUUGCUGAACCUGCUCCUAUCGUUCAGCCUACCGUAUCCAAGAAUAAUGAAGGUCCAAGUUCUGAUUCAGACUCUGACUCUGAAAUUGAAAUUCCGGCACUUAACGUAAGUGACGAUGAAGAUGAAGACGAUGAAUAA